GAGAAAAGACACACAGCGGUGAGCGGCCAUCAGAGAAACACCAUGAGAGUGCAACUGACUUUGCUAACGAUAUGCAUUUUCCUAUGCUCUGCUGCAGCAGAGGAUCUGGACUUAGUCCAUGAGAUCCGCAGUGAAGUGGAGGAGCUUAUCAAAGGUACUGAAGAGCUGAACCAUGGACUGCAAAAAGUGAAAGACGUGCAGAAGGGCAUUGAAGAGAAGUUCAAGCAUCAGCGCGACGAGAUCGAACUUAUUGCAGGAUUGGAGGUUGCUAUAGCCAAGCUGGAAACAAACGUUCAAAGCAGCUUCCAAGCCACGGCCACCGGAGUAGGAAAUUUGACAGCCAUUGUUAACGCAAUCCAGAGCCAAAAUGAAAACUCUAUUAAGAAUCUCACUAAAGUGGAGCUGGACAUCAGGAGAGCCCUGGGGCAAGUGGCUGCCAAUCAAAACAAAUACGAGCAGAACCUUAAUGAGGUGGCCUUAUCCGUCACCUCGCAUCUGGCGGAGAUUCAGCAGGUACUAUCGCAGGCCGUCAUAGGCGAACUCAUCAGCUUGGACAACAAGGCGAAGGUCCUUCAGGAGCAGCAACGCAACAUCGUGGGUCAAGUAGGAUAUCUGGGCGAACUAAAGGCCCUGGCAGAUCGUGCCAAUCGCAAAGUCAAUCAAUUGGAGUGGGGUCUGGUCAUUCUUAACCGCACUCAGUCCGAAAGCCUCAACAGCAUCGAGCACACUGUCAAUGGAGUGCAAGUGGCCACCUCCCAGGUUGAUCAUAAACUUGGUGCCCUACUGAACAACCAGAAGAACAUUGAACGGUCAUUAAAUGGCUGCAAGCACAAAAAUCCGUCACACCAGAAGCCCCACGAGAUCUGGACUCACCCAGCACACGCACCUAUUAACCAGCCAAAACCAGAGGGAAAUCAAGGAUACGAAAGCAGCUAUGCCUCCCAAGAUGAGGCUGAAUUCCUUUACAAACUCUGGUAUGGAAAAGGACAGCAGCAUUAAUACGAUAACAGACAGAUUUCGUAUACCAUAUUUAAAAAUUUCUUGAUUUGUUGAUUCCUAAAAAUAUAUUAGAGCAAAGUC